AUGGCAGGUGAAGAAGGAGCCUGUCCUUUUGGUGGCUAUGAUCUUGUCUUUGUGGAGACACCACCAGCAGAAUACGAGUGUCCAAUAUGUCAACUGAUUCUGAGGGAUCCUCACAUAGUCGACUGCUGCGGCUACAAGUUCUGCAACCAGUGCAUCACAAGGAUAAGCAACGCCAACAAACCUUGCCCUAUGUGUCAGACCAAUGGCUUUAGGACAAUGCAAGAGAGACAGCUCCAAAGGAAGAUAGCAGACCUCGUUAUUUGCUGUCCAGAAAAGAAGCAAGGCUGCCCCUGGACCGGGGAGAUAAGAGAUCUUGAGGCUCACCUGGGCUCUCUCUGUGCUUACAUUGUUAUCAAUUGUCCUCUUGAAUGUGGAGUGGAGUUCCAGCGGAUUCAUUUAGAGAAGCACCAAGAGGAUGAGUGUCCUAAACGAUCGCCUGAAUUAAAACUACUGAGCCUAACUCGAAAGUUUGAGGAGCGACUUUCAAUCGUCGAAACUAAAUGCAGCGAACAGGAAGAGAAGAUAAAACAGCUUGUUGGACUGGAGGAAAAGUGUAAGGAGCAAGCGGAGAUGAUACUCAGUCUAAAAGAAGAGCUCACGAGUGUUAAAUGUGAAAAAGAGUUGCAAGACAUUACUUUGAAGCAGCUGCAAGAGUCUGUAAAAGAAGCUUCUUCAGUUCAAGAGUCGGCCCUCACAGGAUCCCUAAAAGACGUGGAACAUGAGCUGAUAAAGAGGUGUCUUUCUUUACCUGUACGUGUAACCACGACACAUUCAUCCUGGGUCAGUCCUUCGUUCUACUCACACCCAAAAGGUUAUGUCCUUCAAUUGGUUGUCAAUCUUAGAAAGUUCACUUCAGCCCUGGAUAGCCUAGCUCAUAGUAUUUUCUCUUCUGGUCGUAAUCCGGAGAAAGGACCAGUCAAAAUGUCUCUUAAUGUCCUCCCACAGCGAGACUAUGAUUCCCUAGAAUGGCCUGUCUAUGUCUCUGUUGACUUGUUCUUAUUGUCAACUACCGACAGCAGUGCUGACCGUAAGAUAUUCACACUAACAAAAUAUAAAGAUUUGAGUUUGCAGGAAGACCCACGAGAGUCUUCUGAUGAGAGUAAUGAAGAGGUUAUCGGUUAUGCCAGACAUGUUUACUGCUGUCGUAUUGUCAUUCUUAAUAUUCGCUGUAGCCCUGAGUCCCCUCCUCUUGAAGAAGACACCAAAGCUGCCCUGGAUAGUUCACAGUCUUAA